CCUGUCUGUUGCUUUAAGACAAACUUGAAAAACUGUGAACCAUCCUUUAAAUAAAUCAUACUGCACUUGUUUAAAUGUGCUUGGUUGAUGUAUAUUAAUGCAAUCCAAUAAUAUGAUAUACAUAAUAAUAUAGCACUCUAAAAGGGGGUAUUUUGAUUUAUGAGUACUUUUACUUUUGAUAUUUUGAUGAUGAUACUUCUGUGCUCAAGUAAUAUGGGUCGUACUUAUAAUAAUGUAGCUAUUUUUACAUUUUGAUACUGCUAUUUUUUUUUAGUGCUGAACCAAUUAGUCGACUAAUUGAAACUGACAGGAAACUAAUCUACAACAAUUUGAAUAAUCCAGUUUUUUUAAAGUUUAUUUUUUAAGCUAAACUGCCAAAACAUGCAUGGUUUCAGCUUCUCAGUUGUGAAUAUUAGCUGGUUUUCUUAGCCUUUAAACUGAAUAUCUUUGGGUUUUGACCUGGGCACUAUUUUCUAACAUUUAUGGACCAAAUGAUUAAUCAGUGGGAAAGCGAUCGGCACAUUGGUCGAUAGUGAAAAUAAUCCCUUAGACGUGAUUAUAUGUAAGGUUUAGACCACUUUCAACCCAACUGAUAUUUGUGUUGAGCAAAAUGACGCUAUUUAAAUGAGCUGUUAUGAAUAAUUUGCGUUGCGCCUUGUGUUGUCUGAUAAUCGAAUUGUUGAAUUAUUGAUCAUUAGCGGCUACAAUUAAAUUUCCUGCUUUUUGUUUGCACGUUGAAGAGGCAGAAAACAGACACUAUGAUUUAUGGAUACCUUGGCUAAAACAGGUGAUUGACUCUGACUUGUAGUAAUGAGUUGGCUGCUUGCAUCACUGUGCGGUGAUGACGUGUGGCGUCUGGGAGCUGUCCCAGGAAUCAUGGUGCUGAAGCUGCAGCACCGAUUCAGCAGCCAAUUAUCACAGGACAAUCCGGGGCCACGGACACUUUCACCCAGAGAGGGACAGUCCGACUAUCCUGCUGGAUUUUUAGCCCACCAGACGGAUUUAAACCCAUCGGUUUGUUCCUCGGAUAUGGGAAUUCGGUCAUUUGGGAUGUAAGCUUCACGGAGAGUUGCCAGCGACCUGCAGUCUGGCUGGAGAUAUAUGAACAAAAAAAAAAUCCUGAAACUGUGAGUCGUAUAGAAAUCGCUGUAGCUCGCCAGCCGUUCCAUUUUAUUGAACUUAAUGGCUUCAGACACUUGUUUGCAUCGGUGGGAUUUAUCUGCUUUUUGGAUUUACAACCUCGUGGGGAGCCGAUAAAAGACAUUCAGUUGGAAUAUAUGAAUAUCUACAUAGAAAACUAACAACGCUGCUGUAAAAUCCCGGCAAACACUUGAAAACGCCCCCCCUGCCCCCACUAUCCCAUCUCACGACAUAUGAAGAAGUGUUGGCUUAUGACGGGGGUACAUACAGUACAUGCUGUUUUCUUCCUGCACCUUUGCACGGUGCUGUGAGUUUCUGGCCGGAGACAGGCUGAUGCUGCGCAGCCAGGGCAUGCUGAAGAGCCGCUGUUGCGUCCUGCUAGGUGACCUGAGGGUGCUCCUGCUCGGGCCACCGGCACCGCCGACGCCGCUGCCUCCGCUGACCCCCAUGAGCAGCCAAGCUACGGAAAGCCAUGAGACAGGUGUCACCGUCCCCGACAAUAACAACACGCUAACGCGGAGCCACCAGCCCGCAGUGGACCGGACUACCCCACCUGCAGCAGGAGCCACCGGGCCACCCGAGCGGCAGGUGGCGGGCUGGGUUGAUGCUGCAGAGCUGUCGGCGGCACUGCGCGGCUGCAGCAGCUCCUCUGAUGACUGCUCAAAGGGCAAACUGGAGGAGAGAUUCUCCCUCACCAGCUACACGGAAAGUGGCUUCAGGACGCCUGUGUGCAGGAUCUGCUUCCAGGGACCAGAACACGGGGAGCUCCUGAGUCCAUGUCGCUGCAGCGGGUCGGUACGCUGCACCCACCAGCCCUGCCUCAUCAAGUGGAUCAGUGAGAGAGGUUCCUGGGCCUGCGAGCUCUGCUACUACAAAUAUCAGGUCAUUGCCAUCAGCACCAAGAACCCGCUACAGUGGCAGGCCAUCUCCCUGACAGUGAUAGAGAAAGUGCAGAUAGCAGCAGCCAUCUUGGGCUCCCUGUUCCUGAUGGCCAGUAUCUCCUGGCUGGUGUGGUCAUCUUUCAGCCCGUCGGCUCGCUGGCAGCGCCAAGACCUGCUUUUCCAGAUCUGCUACGGCAUGUACGGCUUCAUGGAUGUAGUCUGCAUCGCUCUAAUUGUCCACGAGGGACCUUCUGUGUUUCGCAUCUUCCACCGCUGGCAGGCCGUGAACCAGCAGUGGAAGGUUCUGAACUAUGAUAAAUCUAUGGACAGCGCUGACCUGAAGGACGCCACUGUGGACAGGACUCUGUCUCAGCCCAACCAAGGCUAUCAGACUGGGAUAGGAGUGUCCACCUCCACCUCCUCACUGAUGGUGGUAGCUUCCACAGCCACCGGCUCCACUUCUACAGCCGUGGUGACGGCCUCAGGAGGACUGGGAACACACGUUGAUCCCAACAACGGGAGCGUUGUUCCUGACCAACACUGUCCCUACAACAUCCUCCACCUCCUCAGCCACCUGAGGCAGCCAGAGCCUCGCAGCCAACCCAGCAAUAGCACACGAGAGCUGGUCAUGAGAGUCACUACAGUCUGAGGAGUCCAUUGAGGCCUUAUCUCACAUGGAGGUGAACCAUUUAUGAACCAGCUGACAGUUGAAAAAAAAGUCUUUUUUGAACUGCACUGGAUUAAUAACAUGUUCUUGUUUCAAAAUGCAUCUCUGAUGUCCUCACAUGGAUUGAAUAAAAGUCAAAGUUGUUUGAUUUGCA